AUGCCAAAAAGUGUAAAAUCACGCAAGUCCAAAUUAAAAGUAGAAACACGUGACCGCGUGGACUUGGGCGUGGGCGGAGGUGGGGCCGGCCGGGCGGAGGUGGAGCCGGCGUGCGAUCUGCGUGCAGCGCCGAGGUCGAGGAGCCAUGUGCGCGUGCGUGCGGCGCAGCGGUGUGUAUCCAUGUCCAGUAGCAAACAGUGUUUCUCUAGCGAUGGCGCGCAAAUCUACGCCGACGCGGCUGGAAAUGCACAGAACCCGAGCAUGGUCUUUGCCCACGGAUUCGCGCUCAGUGGGGUCGUAUUUGAUCAAUUGUUUGCACAUCAACUUCUGCUGGACAAUUUUUAUCUAGUGCGAUACGAUGUUCGCGGGUAUGGACGAAGCAGCAAGCCAGAUGACUCAGCGGCCUAUCAGUCAGCUCUCUACGCCGAUGACUUUUCUGCGGUCUGUCAAGCGUUUGGCCUGGUCAAACCGAUAUUCGUUGGAUGGAGCGCUGGAGCCCCUAUCAUUGCAGACAUCUGUGCCCAUAUCUCGCCUUGUCCAAUUCUUGCUGCUGUGGCGAUGUCAGGCGCUCUUUGCCCCGCAACAUCAGAGCAGACCCUCCGUCCGCUCUUGCUCGACUUCAUCGCCAAAUUCCGCUCGUCUGACGCCAAGACGACACUGGCGGUCCGCCCCGCUUUCGUUGAUGCGUGCUUCGUGAACCCUGCUUCGGUUGCUGUUGAGGUCAAGACCGCUUGGAUCGGCGCGACUGUUGUGCAUACGCCGAAUAUCACUGAGGCUGUCUUGAACGGGCACCAGCCUGGCGCGUGUCAAGAUGCGCUGACAAAGCUGGGCGGCGAGGGCUUGCCUGUGAUGGUCUUGUAUGGCACCGAGGACAGCAUUCAGGACGGCGAUGUUGCUGUAAAGCUUGCAAAGGAGUAUUUUGUUGAUUUCACGGCUGUAUCGGUGCUUGGCGCGGGACAUGCGGUGUUCUACGAUGCUUUGAACGAAACGGUGAGGCAUCUUGUCGGCUUCGGUUUGCGUGUUUGUACAAAGAAGUAG